AUUUUUUCCUAUCUUCUCUGUUGGGACUAUGUCUUUCCCAGGAAUAAAAUAUAUUCGGUACUAAUGGGGUGGUUGCAAUGGUGAUGUUUGGUGGGGUUGGUUUCGGUGGUCAUGGAGGUUUGGGACAGAGGUGGCUAGGGUUUUUUUUUGGAGGAGAAAGGAUAGAAAUGGGAUAUUAGGAGUUCUGGGCGUGCACCAAGCAAACAAUUGGAUGCGCUAAGUAAUUUCCUUCCGUCUCCCAAGUAGUAAGAAACAGAUAUAUAAUGAAGCCUAAUAAGGCCCAACCCCAUAUUACGGGCUGUAGCAAUAGUUGGGCUGGUUUUAAUAAGAGAUCCAACUUGCAAAACCCUUCUUCAACCUCCCUCCCUCCCACACUACUCACGUUCUAAACACAAGGCAGCAUCGUUCCGUCUCCGCCGCAGUUGCCUCCGUUGACGGUGUUCGUAGCGAAGAGCCAUGGCGGACGUGGUGCAGUACCGGUUGGAGCGCAUGGUGGAUGAGCUCGACGACCUCGAGCAGCGUGGUCUCUUCAGCCGGCGCGAGAUUGCGGAGAUCGUAAAGCAGCGCCGAAAGUUCGAGUACCGGCUGAAGCGUCCGAGUCCUCUGAAGCAAGACUUCUUGGCCUACGUGGAGUACGAGACUCAGCUCGACGCCCUCCGCAGGCUUCGCAAGAAGUCCGUGGCGCGCGAAUUGAUGAAGCAAGGCAACAAGAAGCUCAAGAAGUCCAAGUCCGAUUUCGCUGGAUUGCUCAGGAUUAUGGACAUUUACGAGCUAGCUUUGAAGCGCUACAAAGGCGAUAUCGAUCUCUGGUUUUGCUACCUCGAGUUUUGCAGGCUCAGAAAGAAUGGCAGGAUGAAGAAGGCCUUGGCGAAUGUUAUUAGGUUUCAUCCAAAGGUUCCGGGAGUUUGGAUUUAUGCUGCGGCUUGGGAAUUUGAUCAUAACUUGAAUGUUGCGGCUGCUCGUGCUUUGAUGCAGGAAGGUCUCAGAGUUUGUCCAACUUCCGAAGACCUUUGGGUCGAGUAUCUUCGGAUGGAACUUACUUACCUUAAUAAGUUGAAGGCACGCAAGGUUGCUUUAGGUGAGGAUCAAGGAACUCUCACCCGUGAUCCUAGGAGUUCUGAUGAAAAACAUUGGAGGGAUGAAAACAGUGAGUUGUUUAUGCCUCUUGGCAAAAGAGGGGAUGAUGAUGGUGGAGCAAAUGUUGGAAGUGAUGAAUCAGAAAAGAAGCAGGAACUGUUUGAAGAACAUGGUAUGAAUAUUUUUCAAACUGUCUAUAGUGGAGCAGUUGAAGCUGUCCCCUCAAGUCUCAGUCUUAGGAAGCGGUUAUUUGAAAUAUUGGAGGGUACAAACUUGUCACAUUAUGAAGAUAUGUGCAAGGAGAUAUUGAAUGACAUGAAGAGGGAUUUUUCUACACAACCGGAAUUUUGGGACUGGCUCGCAAGGCAUGAAUGUGAUCUGGAGAUAAGUGAGGAGGGCAUAAUUCCUCAGGUGGAAAAGGCAGUUCAGGUUUAUGAGGAGGCUUUGAAAAAUGUGCCAUCAGGAACUAUGUUUAGUUUGUAUGCAAAUUUUCUAACAGAUAUUAUAGCUCCUAAGGAAGGAGAAACUGAUAUAAAUGGGUCAUCAGGUUGUGCUGUAAACUAUAUAUCACAUCUCCUGUCAAUAUACGAAAGGGCUGAAAGCAUGGGGUGCAUUACUGAAGAUCUUGCAUGCAAGCAUGUGUCCUUACAUUUGCAAUUGAGACAGCUGGAUGAGGCCCAAAAACUGGCAGCAAAGCUUUGCAGUGGAAAGCUUGCAGAAUCGGUAGAGUUAUGGGGAUUAAGGAUUACCAUAGAAAUUAGAUGCAUCACAGGAAGUUCUUCUUCACCAAGUGAUGCUGAUUUGCAAUCCCUUUUUGAGCUCCUUCAACAAAUUUUGAUGAAAGUGUCUGUUUCAAGAUCAGAGAACUUGUGGCUAAAGGCUCUUAAAUUCUAUGCAAAUCAAAGACGAUAUUUUGAUAAAUUGGUGGAGAUUUCUGUUGUUACCUUGGUCAGAGAUGGUGGUAGUGAAAAUGGAUUUUCCCUUUCUUCUGCUAUUGUAAGUUUUAUACUUCAAAAGGAUGGAAUUCAGAAGACCAGAGAUAUCUAUAAACGAUUUCUAGCUUUACCGCUUCCUGGUCUUGCUUUAUAUAGACGUUGCAUUGACCUGGAAACAAACCUUGCAUCAAUAGGAGAUAAAGAUGGUCUUAUAAAUGCCAGGAAAUUAUAUGAAUCUUCACUUGCAACAUAUGACCAAAAUGUCAGCUUGUGGCAAGAUUACUAUCGCCUAGAGAUCAAGAUGGGAACAUCAGAAAAGGCUACUGCUAUCUAUUGGCGUGCAAGGAAAGUACUCAAAGAUGCUAGUGAAUUUGUCACUGCCCCAGAUAUGUGAUAAUAUUUUCAAGUUACGACCAUGGCUAUUGGAGUUCAAUUUUGACCACUUUAUUUAUUUGAGUUUUCUUCUGAAAUUUCUUUUCGACAAGUCUAAUCUAGACUCAAAUUUGUUUUUCCUCCCAAGAGGUGAGGAAUAGAGCUUCCUCCUUUUCUCCAAAAAGCUAAUUAACUGUAUUGCACCCUUGUUUGCGUAUGUUGGGUCACGUUAAUGAGAAUGUUAAAUGCAUCGUAUGUAUAUAUUCGUAUUCAA